AUGGCCUGGGCGACUGUUGGGAAAAAGGUUGCUUCGGGCUGCGGCCCUGGGAUAUCGGCAGUGAGCCUGCGCUCGAUGGGAGAGCAGAGACGUCUUGCGCAUAGCAUGGCCAAGCAGGCUACUAUGAAACCACUCGCAGCCGCUGCGACCACGACAACGGCCACGGCAGAUGUGGUGAGGCCCAUGUCGUCAUCAUCCGUGGCCAGAGUCAAGAAACGAGCCCUGGAGAGGGAUGUCAUUGUCUCUGUGCUAGAGUCGACGGCUACAAGACGCGACGCCAAAAGCUAUCUCCAAAAGUACACCGCCAACCAACCCAGCGCACUGGAUUCUGAGAAAUUCGCAGACAUUCAGCAAUCUCCCAGCGCCCAUGAUGUGGCAGAGCCCUUCAACAUUGCCGUCAUAAUGCUCCGCGAUCCACAGCAUCUCGUCCAAAGCACUGUGGAUGGCAUCGCCAAGACCAUCGCGCAACUGCGGGCACUAGGGCUUCUCAGCGCCAUAGUCAUAGACGGCACCGGGGACUGCAGCCGCCAAGUUCUUGACGAUGAGGCACUGCGGCUUUGCGAGGCCGUCGACAACUUUGGCAAGCCUGGCGCCAAAGUGAUUAGUGACAUCUUUCUCGGUGAAGCCUCGGAUGUGCAGCAUCCUUCGGCGUACUCCAACUCGAUAAAAGUCAGUGAUCGCGGUCUGCUGAAGCGAGCCUUUGAGCGCGGGCUUAUUCCGGUCGUCGCGUCUAUCUCUGCCCCGGAUGAGUUGUCCGCCGCCAAGCCUGCCACCGCUGAACAGACGGUGCUGGCCUUGACGGCGUUCCUAUCUGGCCUCCAGUUCGACAAGCCCCCUCUCCCAGACGCAAGCGGGAACAGCAAGAAUAUAUGGCGACCGGAAAAAAUUGCUUCGGUGGAGCGUGUCAUUUUGCUGGAUGCGCUGGGCGGCACACCGACAUCUGGUCGUGGCGUUGGUGUGUGUCAUCGUUUUAUCAAUCUCGAGGAAGAAUAUGCCAGGCUUCGUGCACAGCUCCUAGGGCCCGAAGGAUCACCAGCGACAGGAAGUUCAAGCGGCAAACCAACUACCAACAACCAUGUUUCAAAUUUGACCCUGGCCAAGGAAACGCUGGCCAUCUUGCCGCCAUCUUCUUCUGCGCUCAUCACCACGCCUUUUGCGGCCGCAAACACGAACCCGAUAUACUCGAAACCCCGUUCGAUCAAGAUGGAGGAGAGUCAAUUGGGCUUCGAUGGCAUGGUUACUACCCGCAAAAAGCACAACCCGAUCCUUCACAACCUCUUGACAGACAAGCCCAUGUACUCGUCGUCCCUGCCGCUGCAGCGAAUUCAAGACGGCGGCUACAGAGUCGACCCGAGCGAUUCUACGGCGGCUACAUUGGUCAAAAGGGGCAUGCCAUUGACAAUCUAUCCAGACCCACGCGAGAACCCUUGGCGGCCGCCGCAGCCAGGCGCGCCGCGCUGCCGACUGACUGAUAAAAACAUCGACUUGGCUCGGUUGGUCCAUCUCAUCGAGGAUUCCUUUGGUCGAAAGCUUGACGUCCAAGACUACCUGAACCGCGUCCAAGACAAUCUCGCUGGUAUCAUCAUUACCGGCGAAUACGAAGGCGGUGCGAUUCUGACGUGGGAGAAGCCUGACGGGGUGACCGAACAGGAAGCGUACGACCAGGGACUCUACGUGCCGUACCUCGACAAGUUCGCCGUGUUGAGAUGUCGGCAGGGCAGCGGCGGUGUCGCGGAUAUCGUCUUCAACGCCAUGGUGCGGGAUUGCUUCCCAGAGGGCGUCUGCUGGCGGAGCCGCAAGAACAACCCGGUUAAUAAGUGGUAUUUUGAGCGGUCGGUCGGGACUAUCAAGCUCUCUGAUUCCAACUGGACCAUGUUCUGGACGACAUUGGGGCUGUGCGGGCGCCAGCCAAAGCUGCAGCACUACGAGUCUGUGUGUCGUAGCGUGCAGCCAAGCUGGGCAGACAACAAGCAUCUUGUAGACUAG